AAACCCUGUAAACACAGUGAUGUUUAUUGUUGUAUUUUAAGCAAAUUCCUUUGAACCAGUAUGCACGUACUGUACGCGUGUCGCAAGCAUACAUCAUUUUAGUUGAAAACUACAUACAAAUCAAGCAUGGUGUUUUUUAAUUGCAAUGCAUGCGGAGAAUCUUUGAAGAAGAACCAGGUAGAAAAGCAUUAUACGACAAAAUGCCGUAGAUGUGAAGUUCUUUCCUGUGUUGACUGUGGAAAAGAGUUCUGGGGCGACAGUUAUGCAAGUCAAAAGUGCAUCAGUGAGGAGGAGAAAUAUUCAGGCAAAAACUAUGUGCCUAAAAUCAACAAAGGAGAAGCAAAGCAGGAGCAGUGGAUACAGAAAGUUCAAGCAGCCAUCCAAAAGGCUCCUGCAAAUCCAGGGUUGAAAAAUUUGUUGCAACGCCUGGAAGAGUUCCCAAACAUUCCACGGAAAAAAGCUAAAUUUGAGAACUUUUUGAAGUGCAGUUUGCGUGUACAUAACUCUUCACUGAUCAACCAAGUGUGGGACUUGCUUAUGACAGAGGCAGAACAGAAUGGUGCUGGUAGUGUGUCUUCUAAUGGUGUAGAUAAAGCAGUCAGCAAAGAGGUUAAGCCAGACAUGUUAGACAGUGAUCAAACACAACAGGAAGACAAAGUUAGUGAAAUUUUAGACUCUGGAAAGGAAUUAAACAAAAGAGAGAGGAAAGAGGAAAGAAGAAAGAAAGCCCAAAAGAAAGAGAAAAAAGAUAAGCUUAAUGAAGACCAUAUUAAAAAGGAUGGGGAGCAAGAAACUGUUGGGAAAAAAGGCAAAAGAAGAAAACGAGAAGAGGAGGAUGAGGAUGAAGAAGGCAGUAAAACUGACUGUCAGCCAAAGAAGAAACUUAAAGAGACUAAAGAGGAUGGCAAUCCAAAUGAAAGGCUUCAUGAUUCAGCUGAGACAGAUGGUGAAGAACACGAGACAGACAGGAGAAACGCUACUGCAAAGAAGCAAAAGUUUAACUGGACCUCAACAAUUGUGGCUGUUUUAAAGGCCAAAGGAGAACUGUCGCUAAAGAAAUUAAGGAAAAAGGUUCUGGCAGAAUAUGCUGCGCAGGCAGCUGGAAGCAAACCUGAAGAGCAACUGUUAGCAAAAUUCAACAAAAAGAUUUUGAAGACACCACAAGUCAAAGUAUUCAAGGACAGGGCUAAACUGAGGGAGUCCUAGCACUACUGAAAAUCAAACCUGGCCAAAUGGAGUUUUUUAUGCUUUGGAUAGUAAAAACAUACUGUCAAGUCUUGUAUUAUUUUACCCCCCUGGUAUUUCAGAUAUCAGCUUUGUUGUUAACUGCAAUUAUUGUGCAUUCACUUUGUGAGACAUAGCAACCCACAGUACUUGGGUGAUGCGCAUAAUUGUCAGCAUGGAGACGUUUAAGCUCUUCAUCAUGUUUGAUGGCACAUCUUGUUGAACUUGCAAUAAAGAGCUAUUUAAAAUUUAAAAGCUA